AUGACUGACAUUGAUAUCAAAGAACGAAAGCUAUUAGCAAAAAUAUGGCCAGAAAUUAUUUUGCUUCUUUGUUUUUUUCAUAUUAGUCAAUGUUGUAAGAAUGAAAUUAACAAACAAUUAGGUCAUGGUGGUAAUAAUAAGAUAAUUCUGUUGCGAAAAACUGUCAAAAUAUUUUUAAAAAAGUUAUUAGAAAGUAUUCAAAAAGCAGAAACCAUUUUAAAAAACAAAAAAAUCUUAGAAGGCAGCUUAAAAUUUUUUACUUACCUAAUAAAACAGUGGGCUAGUGAUCUUUUGUGUAGUUGGUGUCUUAAUGGACGGAUGAAGGCUGCAGAAGUUCUUGGAAUUCCUUUAAAAAAACUUCCUACCACAAAUAAUCACUUCGAGAAAAUGAAUGAAUAUUUAAAAAACAAUCAAUUAAACCAGGAACGAAGAAAAGAACUUAAUAUAAUGAACCCAUCAGACUGUAAAAUUCUAAUGCAAGAAUUUUUACAAGUGGCAUAUUUAUCUCCAAGCACAAAGCGUGAUGAAUCGGCAAAAAAACUACUUGAAAUGAAGAAAGUAAUUAAAUAUGAGGUUGAAGAAAUAAGUGGAAAGAUUUAUGUCGAAGUUGAAUCUGAAACUACUCCAGGGUUUCCAACAGAUAUUUGCUGCCAAUGUUUUGACUUUCUUCAAACGGGUAUUAUAUAUAAACACCUUCGUGCUGCAGCCCUAUAUCUUAAUAAACUUCGUAAACAAGAGCCAUAUAAAUAUUUACCUAAAAUGAUUUUUUUGACUUAUCAAGAAGCUCAAAAUAUUUAUCAUAGUCAAUAUGAUAAUAAGUCGGAAGUACUAGUAGGUUCUGAGAAUGAAGAUGAUAUUAAACAUAUUCUUGGAAUCAACUCUUCUUCAGUAAUGUCAUCAUCUGAUGUGCCUAUAGCGAAUGUACCAAGACUUAACAAAAUCAACUUCGAUACCUUAAAUAUAACUGCUAUCUACAAACAAGAGUUUAAAGAAUUCUUAGAAUCUACUUUGAGAA